AUGAAGCUCGCCUCCGUAUCCACUCUCGCAUUAGCAUCCACCGCCCUUGCAUCCCAAAUCAAAAUCAAAAGAGAUGAAGCCGCUUGUGAUACAAGUUGUGUAAUGUUACAAGAAAUUCAACUCAGAAUGUGUGGGGCCGAAAUUGCCGGUGGUGACUCCGUGGAAAUAAUUCAAUGUACUUGUGAAAUAGAUGAACAAUUUUGGUUAUUAAUGAGUGAUUGUGCCCUUAAUUGUCCAGCACAAUCUUUUGAUGCUCCUGAUAAAGACCCUGUUGGUAUUAAGAGUCAUUAUUGUAAUGCUAUUAAUGCAUAUAUUGAACCUUCUGGUGUUGAAGAAGAUGAUGUUGUGGUUUCAACCAGUGCUGGUACUGUUGAUGCUGCUACUACUGAGGAUGCCUCAGGUAGUGCCACUACCUCCAGUGUUGCUGGUACUUCUGAUGAUGCUGAUGCAAGCACUACUUCUGGUGAAGUCGCUAGUUCAACCGCUGAAGAAACUUCUACUGGUGCUGCCGAUAUACUUGUCAUCGGUACCGUGGGACAUUUGAUUGCCGUUGCUAUUGCUUUAUUGUAA